AUGUCAUUCCUCGGCGCCGGUUUCGGUGUUUUCAUCGUGGCUUCGCUUAAAGUUCCGGAUCUUUGGGCCAUUGCGAAAUACGGUCUUUGGGCUAGCCUUGAGCUCAGCUUUUGGAGUCUAUACUUUGGAGGGCGGGAGGAGGGUGCGAGCGUCAAGAGCGAGUGUCACAGAGGAGCAGCGAUAAUAUACUGCUGGGGUGAAGACUCAAAAGACUUCCAGCGUUUGAUUAGAGAACACUGA